GUGACCUCUAGCGUUUCUAAGCAUGAAAUGUUUUAAUCGUUUAAUCGCCUUUUAACAAGACUUAUUUACUGAAUGAUAAUAUUAUUGACCUUAACUUAAAAUUCAAUUAAACAAUUAAAAAUUGUUUUUUUAAGUAGUGUGAGAUUUUUUAACAGAUACUCAAAUCCUAUAGGAACCAUGGUGCUAGACCCAAAAUCGCUUUUGGUUGAGAAGAAACACCUCCAUACGCCACCCCUAAGUGAAAUAGCAGAUUAUUUAAAUGAGGGAUUAAAAUCAAACUUUCAAGAUGUCAAAGUUGACGUGGUAGAUUGUCCUGACUUAACCCAACAACCCUUUACUCUAGCUGAUAAAGGUCUAAAUGGUGAUCCAAAAUUAGUUGAAGUUGGUGGUCCACCAUUCUUGCUACCUCUAGUCCAAAAAGACAAAGUUUACGAUGUCAAAGACAUUGCUAAACUGGCCCAUUCAGAUCCUGCAUUUGUUAUAGGGGCUGGUGCAGGUCCUCACCCCUACAUUGGAAAGAAUUGUGAAGGUGUUUACAACCUAAAAAUCACUAAUGGCACCAUUGAACAACACACCAGAAUAUCCAAGGUUGUUGAAGGCAGUGACAAACCUGUACAGGAAAUUUUGCCAAACACUGAAAGCAGAGUUGCUUUGCUUGCAAACUUCUUUGUUUCUGAAGGAAAACCUGGAAAAGUUCUUAAAGUGUCCGCAAGAAAGCGUAUAGGAGCGGAUGACUUCAUAGCUAGCAUCAGAAAAACCCUAAUUUCAGCGUACCCAGAGCAACUGGUGGGUUUAGGUGGUGCCUUCCUGCUUAAGGAAGGUAAAGCAAAACAGCACGUGAUGCCUGAUUUCUCCAAAACUCCGCUAAACAGCGAUGAUGACGUUAACAACUGGCUGAAUUUCUACAACAUGUCAGCUCCACUUGUAGCUGUUGGCACCUUAGUCAAUGGAGACGGGGGUUUGGAUUUGAGGGUUCAACAUUUCCACAGCUUUAGCCACCACGGGGAAGCUGGACACUACCAUAUUGAUACCACGCCAGACUUGGUCGAAUAUUUGGGAUAUUUCAAUGUUGGCGCGGAGAUUUAUCGCAUCGACAAACCAAAUAUUACUCACGCUUUUGGAAGAGACUAAUUUUACAAAUAAAAAGUUUAUUUAGCCUAAAAUAUAUAGUGUAUCUUUCUUCUUAUAUAAUUUCCUCUUGUAUACAAUAUAUAUGGG